UAUGAAUAUGAAUGCACUAAUAAGUAAGGUGGCUCGUGGAUGGCACAAGUUUGAUGCGCGUGUUCUCUUCUCUCUCUCUCUCCAACUGCAGCCAGAUUCAGAUUUCUGAGAGGGAUUACUCCGCCUUCAUUCAUGGAUCACUGGAAUUUCUCCAAACCCCCAUCCCUUCCGCAAGAUUCACCCUCCGCUUCUCCCUCUCUUCCUCCUCCUCCUCCUCCUCCUCCAGAAAAGGGGCAAGCGGAACCACCGCAGGAUCCAGCUGUCGCCGCAAGGAAAGUUCAGAAGGCUGACCGCGAGAAACUCCGCCGUGAUCGAUUAAACGACCACUUCCACGAUUUGGCCAACACUUUAGAUCCUGAUAGGCCAAGGAAUGACAAGGCAACCAUCCUCACUGAUACGAUUCAAAUGCUUAAAGAUUUAACUGCCGAAGUUAAUAGGUUGAAAACCGAACAUAAAGCGCUUUCUGAUGAGUCCCGCGAGCUAAUGCAAGAGAAGAAUGAACUUAGGGAAGAAAAGGCGUCGUUGAAAUCGGAUAUAGAAAACCUUAAUUCUCAGUAUCAGCAGAGGGCCAGAAUGAUGUUCCCAUGGACUGCAAUCGACCACUCUGUCGUAAUGGCACCACCACCUUAUUCAUAUCCGGUUCCUAUACCUAUCCCUCCUGCUCCUGUUCCAAUUCACCCAACUCUUCAACCCUUUCCUUAUUUUGGAAAUCAAAACCCUCCUCACAUUCCUACUCCUUGUUCAACAUAUGUUCCAUUCUCUGCUCCAAUUAAUGCCGCGCUUGACUUGCCCUCAGCUCAGUAUGCUUCUGCAUCUCAUGUUCCCGCCCAAAAGGAUUGUCGGAGCAAGUCACCACCUCAUAGGAGAAUCACUGAUGCAGACAGAUGUAGCGAGACUCAUGAUGUGGCUACGGAGCUUGAACUUAAGAUGCCUGGAUCAUCAACACAGGAGGAAUCUUCUUCCGGGGGAACGAAGAAGGUCAAGCAUUCAGGGAGGAAGGAUAGAGCCGUUGCAGAAGGGAGUGCUUCAAGCCGGUAUUCAACGUCUCAUGGACUUCAAGAUAGCUCCAACAGUGUGGGUGACAUCCCAAAGGCUGAUAGUUGACAAUGGAUAUGGAUCCUUGUAAACAUUUUAUCUCAUUGCAAAGGUCAGAUAUAUGUUUAGCAGUAGCCAAAUUGAUAGUGGUUCUAUUUGGCAAAAAGGUUAUACCAUUUAUGAGGCAAAAUGAUGAAUGGAACAGUUCUUCCCAUGAGUCAUGACAACAGAAAGUGGAGCUUGGGAUCUUGCUGACUUUAUUUUCCUCUGGCACUAUGAACCACCAAAAGUUGAUUCUUAUUCCUCAUGUAUCUGUUCCACAGGUUUUAGAUUAAGAAAGGGAUCGGAUUCCCGUUAUAUACGGUUCAGAAUGUGCACACUGACCUAUAAUUUCAUUAAUUUGAGCCAUUUGAACCUAAGAACUUCGUAACCCAUGUAAAUAUAGAUUAGCAUGUGCAUACUUGUCAACUUAGUUAAUGUAAAUUUUUAGUGUUAACUUUUCCUCUCUC